CAAUGAAUAUAUUAAUGAUGGAGGCGCGUGUCGAGCACAGGCAUAAAGGAGGCAAUGGGGGUUAAACACAACUAAAACAACUCCCAAAGUCCCCACCAAAACAUUUCUUACCAAACCGAAAAUUGAAGUACCAAAAACUAUCUCGCCUCCACAUCUAAAUCUCCUCAGACUCUCCCCUCUUUCCUCCUUCGUUUCCCUUCUUCAACCCCUUUCCGUCCAAAGAUCAAAGACGCCCUCAAAAAAAAAAAAAGAAAGAAAGAAAGCUAAAUGGAAACCUCUCCAAGGCCGAGCCCAAACCCGAAUUUCCUUGCAUCUCCCAAGAGCCACAGUCCCAACAGCAGCACCAGCAGCACAAGCAGCAGCAACAACACCAACCCACCACCGCCAACUCCUCCAGCUCAACAGCCUAAGCCCAUCACCAGAUGCGAAUCCGCCAAUCCGUACCCGACGACCUUCGUCCAAGCCGACACUUCCUCGUUUAAACAAGUCGUCCAGAUGCUCACGGGAUCCUCCGAGACCGCCAAGCUUGCUUCAUCCACCAAACCAAAUACCUCCGCUCAAUCCGACCCUAACCCGAAAACCCACAUCCCUCCCAUCAAAUCCAUCCCCAAAAACAAGCAAAAUUCUGGGUUCAGGCUUUACGAGCGAAGGAGCUCUCUCAAGAACCUCAAGAUCAACCCGUUGAACCCGGUUUUUGGCUCCAACAAUUCCGGGUUUUCGCCUCGCAAACCUGAAAUACUCUCCCCUAGCAUUCUUGACUUCCCUUCUUUGGCUCUUAGCCCUGUUACUCCCUUAAUUCCAGACCCGUUUGACCGAUCUGGACCUCGAAAUUACACGAAUUGUUUUAACAAUAAUGCGAAACUAGACAAGGAAGCUGAAGAGAAGGCAAUUAAAGAGAAGGGUUUUUAUUUGCAUCCAUCACCGGCAUCUACACCGCGAGAUUCGGAGCCUAGGCUUCUCCCUCUUUUUCCAGUUACUUCACCUAGAGUUUCAGGUUCUUCUACUUCUUCUUGAAAUAAAAAGAAUCAUUUUUAGUUUUUUUGUUUUUGCUUUUUCGUUAUUCUGCUGAUGUUGUAAGAUUUUUAUAUAUUGUUGGGGCAGUGAAGAUGGGGAAUCGGAAAGGAAGGGGAAAAACAAGAGAUAAUAUUUGUAAUGUUGGAUAUUUUGAGAGGAAUGAAGAGAAAAUCUUUGCUUCAAUUGUAAAAUUUUAUGCUUGUUUUGACUUUUAUUUUCCCUCUUUGUUAUGUUUGUAUGCUAGGAAAUUUGAGCUAAGGACGAUAAGAAAAUAAGCUUAGUGAAUUAAGGAAUUAAACUUUGGUAUUUUGAGAAA